GAUUUAUCGAAGGAUUCUCCAAUUUACUGCUCGUUUUCAAAGUGUAAAGCAAAUAUAUUGUUGAAAACAUGGUUUUUAAUUUUCGUGUUUUUAAAAAACAAUCACCAAAUGGUAAACUUACAAUGUAUUUAGGCAAGAGGGACUUUGUGGAUCAUAUAUCUGGAGUUGAGCCUAUAGACGGGGUUAUAGUAAUAGAUAACGAAUACAAAGACCGUAAAAUUUUCGGACAAAUAAUCUGCAGUUUUCGUUACGGUCGUGAAGAAGACGAAGUAAUGGGUAUGAAUUUCCAAAAAGAUUUAUACUUAACGUCAGAACAAAUAUACCCACCUUCGGAAAAAUCAGUCAAUACCAAAAUGCAAGAGCGAUUAAUAAAUAAAUUAGGUGAAAAUUGUUAUCCAUUUACUUUUACCUUACCACCAAGUGCGCCUGCGUCCAUAACUUUGCAACCAGGAUCUAACGACGAAGGACAACCUUGCGGUGUUCACUAUUACGUAAAAAUCUUCGUUGGAGAAAAUGAAACAGAUCGAACUCACAAAAGAGGAACGGUUACGAUGGCUAUAAGAAAAAUACAAUACGCUCCGUCUAAGCAAGGUAGGCAACCAUGCACUGUCGUUCGUAAAGAUUUUAUGAUGAGUCCUGGUGAACUCGAACUCGAAGUAACUUUGGACAAACAGUUAUAUCAUCAUGGCGAAAAAGUGGCGGUGAAUAUUUGUAUACGAAACAACAGCAACAAAGUGGUGAAAAAAAUUAAAGCCAUGGUACAACAGGGUGUCGAUGUCGUUUUAUUCCAGAAUGGACAAUAUAGAACGUCAGUUGCUAGUAUGGAAACUCAGGAAGGGUGUCCUAUUCAGCCCGGAUCUACUUUACAAAAAGUGAUCUAUCUUCUUCCAUUACUUUCUUCGAAUAAAGAUAGAAGAGGUAUUGCUUUAGAUGGGCAAUUGAAGAAACAAGACAGUAAUUUAGCCUCGACUACAUUACUAGCGUCCCCUGAUCAAAGAGAUGCGUUUGGUAUUAUCGUAUCAUAUGCCGUUAAAGUGAAACUUUAUUUGGGUGCAUUAGGAGGUGAAUUGUCCGCUGAAUUACCAUUUGUUUUAAUGCAUCCGAAGCCAAAUGCAAAAGAUAAAUUAAUCCACUCAGAUAGUCAAGCAGAUGUGGAAACUUUCAAACAAGAUACCAUUGAUCAAGAUGGAGAAGACGAUAAAGAUGAUUGAAUCACCCUGUAUAAAUACUUGAUAAUUACCAUCUAUAUUUUAUUUUAAUUAUCAAGUGUAUGAUAUGUCUGUGUAGAUCGAAUCUUUGUCAUUUUGAUUUAUUUUCAAUAAUUUGAAGGUUGUUGAAAUAUGUUUAAAAUAAAAAUAUCAACAUGAAA